AUGCCAUCUAACUACAAGCCUAUCAGCCUUUGUCAAAGCACAUAUAAGAUUGUGGUUACAAUGUUGGUUAAUAGGCUGAAGAUGUGUUUGCCUAGGAUGAUUUUUGUGGAGCAGGUAGCCUUCAUCCAAGGUAGAUCAAUAUCUGAGUAUUGUUUGUUGGCUCAAGAGAUUUUUAAUAAAUUCAAAGUGUCUAAGAAUAAGCAAGGUUUGAUGGCUGUGAAACUGGACAUGGAGCAGGCCUAUGCCAGCAUGGGUUGGCCAACACUGAACAAGAUUCUCUAUUGGUAUGGUUUCCCUUCUGUUGAUGCUCAGCGGGUUGAUCAGCUGGAGUUGGAUUAUAAGUUCUCAGGUAAAUCCAUUUCUGCAUUGGCUUAUGAUGAUUUCAUGAGAAGAAUGUUGAGAUUUGUUCACUAUGAAUUAGGUUGUUAA